AUGUACACUGCAUUUUGUACUCGACGUGGCCUACGGUCCAAUGUGAUCAAGCUCGACGUGCAAGACGGGCCUUCAGAUGAUCGCCUGAGCGAAGCAGUCUUAGAGAUCGACGCAGACGGAGCGUAUGAUCUUUUGAGAACUGAGUCUGGGGUCCAUAGGGUGCAGAGAGUGCCGGCCACGGAGACCAAGGGUCGUACCCAUACAAGUGCGGUCAGCGUGAUGGUUCUUCCCAACUUCCCAGAGGCAGGGGCCGGUAUGGACAGUGCUUUAAAUUUCGACGACCCAAACAGUGACUACUAUGUUGAUCCCCAGGAAGUCCGCACUGAGAAGAUGCGCGCAAGCGGAGCCGGAGGUCAGCAUGUAAACAAGACCGAGUCAGCUAUCCGGUUGACUCAUAUACCCACUGGAAUUGUCGUUUCAAUGCAGGAUUCCCGGUCUCAGCACGCGAAUCGGAAAAAGGCAUGGCAAUUGCUACGAGCAAAAUUGGCUGAGGCUAGACAAGAAGCUCGUGAGCAGGAACUCGUUGAGUUGAGAAGAGGUGUUCUUGGAGGCGUCGCUCGGAUGGGUCGUGGUGACAAAAUCCGCACAUACAAUUAUGGACAGAGUCGUUGCACUGACCACCGUAGCGGCAUUACAGUGCACAAUCUGGACAAUGUUCUUGAUGGCGGCGAAAGUCUUGAGACUGUAAUGGAUAGUGUCAGAACCUGGCUGGCUGAUCGGGAGAUAGCAGCCAUAUCUGCAGAAGAUUCGAUAAAUGCCGUCGGGGAGUAA